AUGGAACAAACCACUGCAGACAAUCUCAACAGCUCGAGCGUUGUGUUACAACGCAGAAGGCAAUAUAAUGAGCUGCUGGAUCAAGGACACGAUCUCGCACUCCGAACACAAACGGAAGAUGCAAUCAGUAUAUUUCAAGGCGUGUCAUCGAUCCUCAGACAAACUGACAGCCUGCAUCAGGACUUAACUAAUCAACGGUUGGAAAAUGCGUCUGAAAUGCGUAUCAAUGUACAAAUUGUGAAAAUGGGUCACGAUUUAGUAGGAGCAGCAUUGCAGAAAAGUGAAAACUCACAGUUCUGUGACGAAGAGCUAGCAGCGGCAAUAAACUCUAUUACUGGCGAUUCCGGUGGACAUUUGCAUUGGGAAACUAUAGGAAGUCAUGGAAUUAAGGCUUUCCGUAUGUCGAAACAUUCGCCCAGCAUGCUAGGAUAUUUUGAAUUUCAACCCGUGCCAGUAGAAAGGAAUGUGAAGGAACGUCGUCGCCGCCAACGGCAGGAGUUGGGCAAUGCGCGCAAACCGGAAACAGUUAAAACACUCCACCAAGAGGAGGCAGAUGCCCGUAAGCUCCAAGGGAUAAUAGAGCAACUAAAACAGAUAUACGAGGAAAGAGGUUCACCCGUGCCUUACCUUCAACUCAUUACGGAUCCAAGUGAUUACAUGAAUACCAUCGAUACUGCGUUUCAGUUAUCCUUUCUUAUUCGAGACGGAGCUGUGGCUUUGGCAAACGUUAACGAUGUAUUGACCGUACGUCCCACUACUGACAACGAAAUGAAACAGAACAAGAGAAAUGAUGACAACGUGCAGGCAGUAUUAUCUUUGAACAUUUCCAAAUGGAAGGGCGCUAUACAACAAUAUCGUCUGAAAAAGCCGAUUCUAACCAUCGAUCGAGAAAUACCAGACGUUUAA